CUCGUAGUGAUGUCGACGUACGAGAAGACGCUGAUCCCGCCGCUUAACUUCUCUAUGGUGGCGUCUGGCGUCUACCGCUCGGGCUUCCCUAACAGGAAAAACCAUGCUUUCCUCCAGCAACUCGGGCUCAAGUCCGUGCUAUAUCUAUGCCACCAGGGACAUCAACCAGAGAACGUGGCUUUCUUCGAGGAGAAUAACAUUGAGGUCUUCCAGUGCCCCAUCGACGGCAACAAGGAACCCUUCAUCAGCAUUAACCCGGAUGCCAUGGCUGACGCGUUGCGCCAUCUCCUCGAUGUGCGAAAUCACCCAAUCUUGGUCCAUUGCACGAAAGGAACGCACCGUACAGGCUGUGUGAUCGGGUGCAUGCGGAAGAUGGAGAAUUGGUCGCUCACUUCGAUCAUCGACGAGUACUGCCGCUUCGCUGGGCCUCGCAUGCGUCUUUUGGAUCAACAGUUCAUCGAGUUCUUCACCCCUACAGUUCAGUAUGAUGAAAGACAGAUGCCAAAGUGGCUUUCCUCUAGUGUCUGAGAGGGCACGGCACGCGUCUGACCUCUCUGCAUCGGCUUCCGCGUGGACAACUCGAGCCAUUCGCUAUGAAUUCUUUCCAUGCUGCAAGUGUUUUUGUAGUUUUUCGCGUCAAGUCAUUUCUUUCUGUGCAACAUAUCACGUUCCCCAGUCCACAAUCGCCUCCCGCAGCUUACGCGGACGCCUGGGAUUUGUAAGCCGAGCCGUCUGCGAACUUGUCCACCCACUCCUGGUUCUUCAGCGGAGCGCCAGGCCACGCCUUCUGGAAGUAAUCCUCGGGCUUGAAGCUAGACGGAUCCUCAAUGCGCUCCACUAGCUUGUGCUUGAACUUGCGGAUCAGACCUUGCACCGGCCAGGCAGCAGCGUCACCCAAAGCGCAAAUAGUGUGGCCCUCGAUCUGGCGCGAGAUUUCCUCCAACAUGGGGAUUUCCUCGAGCUCGGCGUCACCCGUUUCCAUGCGGGUUAGUACCUUCUCCAUCCAGCCAGUACCUUCACGGCAAGGCGUGCACUGACCGCAACUCUCGUGCGUGUAGAAAUGCGAGUACCGACGAAUAGCACCCACCAUGUCGACACUCUUGUCAAAAAUGGUAACAGCGGCCGUACCCAGACCGGAGCCACCACGCUGCUUCAGAUCGUCGUAGUCCAUCAUAAUGUCCUGGCACAGUUCUUCGUCCAGUACAGGCACGGAAGAGCCGCCAGGGAUACACGCCUGCAAGUUGUCCCAUCCACCACGAACGCCACCACAGUGACGCUCAAUCAGGUCACGGAGAGGGAUACUCAUCUCUUCUUCUACCGUGCACGGGUUGUUGACGUGUCCAGAGAUGCAGAAAAGCUUAGUGCCGUGGUUGUUUUUGCGUCCAAGACUCGCGAACCACGAGCCACCGCGACGAAGGAUGGUAGGGGACACAGCCACAGUCUCCACGUUCGUCACCGUCGUAGGGCAGCCGUACAGACCCGUGUUGGCCGGGAAAGGAGGUUUGAGGCGGGGCUUUCCCUGGCGGCCCUCCAGACUCUCAAGUAGACCAGUCUCCUCACCGCAAAUGUAAGCGCCAGCACCACGGUGCAGAUACACGUCGAAGUCGUAACCGGAUCCGCAAGCGUUGCGGCCGAGGAAUCCGCGUUGAUAGGCCUCGUGGAUGGCUUCCUGAAGGAUCAGGGCUUCGUUGAAAAAUUCACCACGGAUGUAGACGUAGGCAGCACGGGCGCGCAUAGCGAAACCAGCAAUAAGACAUCCCUCUACGAGCUUGUGCGGGUCCUUACGCAUGAUCUCGCGAUCCUUGCAGGUACCGGGUUCACUUUCAUCGGCGUUGACUACCAGGAAGGACGGGCGUCCGUCCGUCUGCUUGGGCAUGAAGGACCACUUGAGACCGGAAGGGAAACCGGCGCCACCACGGCCGCGCAGACCUGAGUCCUUGAUCUCCU